CGCUGCCUUCUUCACCCUCCUCCCUCAACACCUUCCUUGCCUUUUCUUCUUCCCUCUUCCUUUUCUCUCUACCAAAAAAUGGAGGACGCGUUCGACGGCGCUAUCGGUAUCGACCUUGGCACGACCUACUCUUGCGUGGGUGUCUGGCAAAAUGACCGUGUCGAAAUCAUUGCCAACGACCAGGGUAACCGGACAACGCCCUCCUACGUCGCCUUCUCCGCUGAGGAGCGUUUGAUCGGUGAUGCCGCAAAAAACCAGGCCGCGAUGAACCCUCGCAACACCAUCUUCGAUGCGAAGCGUCUCAUCGGCCGCCGUUACGACGACCCGGAUGUCAAGAAGGACAUGGUUCACUGGCCGUUCGAAGUCAUCGAGAAGGACGGAUCACCAAUGAUCAAGGUUGAGUACCUCGGCGAGGAAAAAAGCUUCAGCCCUCAGGAGAUCUCGUCCAUGGUCCUCACGAAGAUGAAGGAGAUCUCGGAAGCGAAGCUCGGCAAGACUGUCAAGAAGGCUGUUGUCACGGUUCCCGCAUACUUCAACGACUCUCAGCGUCUCGCGACCAAGGACGCUGGCGCCAUUGCCGGUCUGGACGUCCUCCGUAUCAUCAACGAGCCGACCGCUGCUGCCAUCGCGUACGGUCUGGACCGUCAAUCGAGCGCAGAGAAGAACGUGCUCAUCUUCGACCUGGGUGGAGGUACCUUCGAUGUGUCGCUGCUGAACAUCACCGGGGGUGUGUUCGCGGUUAAGGCUACCGCUGGUGACACUCACCUUGGUGGUGAGGACUUUGACAACAACCUCUUGGACCACUUCAAGAAGGAGUUCCAGCGCAAGACGAAGUUCGACAUCUCUGACGAUCCUCGUGCUCUGCGUCGUCUGCGCAGCGCGUGCGAGCGUGCCAAGAGGACGCUCUCUAGCGUCACCCAGACUACUGUCGAGGUUGACUCCCUCCACCAGGGCGAGGACUUCUCAGCGAACAUUACCCGUGCUCGCUUUGAGGAGAUUAACGCUUCGCUUUUCAAGUCGACGAUUGACCCUGUCGAGCGAGUGCUCAAGGACGCGAAGAUGCCCCGUGAGAAGGUCGAUGACAUUGUCCUUGUCGGUGGCUCUACCCGUAUCCCCAAGGUCCAGUCGUUGGUUUCCGAGUACUUUGGCGGCCGUCAGCUGAACAAGUCCAUCAACCCCGACGAGGCUGUUGCCUACGGUGCCGCUGUCCAGGCGGCCGUCCUCACUGGCCAAACGUCGGACAAGACCGCUGACCUCCUGCUCCUCGAUGUUGCUCCUCUAUCCCUCGGUGUCGCCAUGCAGGGUGAUAUCUUCGGUGUUGUCGUCCCCCGCAACACCCCCAUCCCCACGAACAAGUCACGAACCUUCACGACCGUCGAGGACAACCAGACGACUGUCACAUUCCCUGUCUACGAGGGUGAACGCACGCAGUGCCGGGACAAUCGCCUGCUUGGAGAAUUCGAGCUCAACGGAAUUCCUCCCAUGCCUCGUGGGCAAGCCGAGCUCGUCACCACCUUCGAGGUCGACGCGAACGGUCUCCUCAAGGUUACUGCACAGGACCGUGCAUCUGGCCGCAAGGCUCAGAUCAGCAUCACCAACUCUGUUGGCCGUCUCUCGUCUGCUGAGAUCGAGCAGAUGAUCAAGGAUGCCGAGCAGUUCAAGCAGGCCGACAAGGACUUCUCUGCACGGCACGAGGCGAAGUCAGACCUGGAGAGCUACAUCCACCAGGUCGAGAACACGAUCACCUCGCCUGAGAUCGGCAUGAAGCUCAAGCGUGGAGCUAAGCAGCAGGUUGAGGCUGAGCUUGCGCGUGCGCUAGAGAAGCUCGAGAUUGAAGACUCGACCUCGGACGAGCUCAGGAAAGCACAGCUUGGCAUCAAGCGUGCGCUCCAAAAGGCCACCGCUGGUAUCCGGUGAGGCUGCAGGAUAUCGGGUUUUUGUUGCUUGUUGGCAUGUCUUUUGCAUCUGGUCACGCUCAGCUUCUUGUUGUGCCCUACAAAAUCGAUGCUUUCUUUUUCGCAUUCGCACUGUUGUAUAGCCUUCGCUGUAUCGUUUGUAUCCCAUACGAGGUUGCCCGAUGCUGCUCAAUUACUGUCUGAUUUUCAAACUA